GGUGCGAUCCUGUUGAGUUUGCGCGCGGAUCGUCGCGAAUUCACGCAUGGCACACGCACCCCUUGAUACAUUCUUUUUUUUCAAUGGUCAUUAAACUGUACACCAGUGAAUAUCGCCAGUCAAAUUGUGUUUUUCCUAUCAUUUGAAAUCGUAUAACAACACCAACCUUUUGAAUUUUUGCGUUUCGAAAAAUUUUGCCUCGGCUACAGAAUACCGUGAGCGUGUGAGCAAAAGUAACGGAGGGUGGGGAGAGAACGAGUGAAGUGGCGAAUAAAUCAUCGUUGUUGAAGAAGUGAGGACGCGAAACGGGGGGAGGGAAAAUAUUUUUUUUCCUUCGUUUCGAUUAAUAAUUGACCUGUGAGAACAAUGGAGGCACUUAUUCCCGUAAUAAACAAACUCCAAGAUGUGUUCAAUACUGUGGGUGCCGAUGCUAUACAAUUGCCUCAAAUUGUUGUACUUGGAACUCAGAGUUCCGGAAAAUCCUCGGUCAUUGAAAGUCUAGUUGGUAGAUCUUUUCUACCUCGAGGAACUGGUAUAGUUACUCGACGACCCCUUGUUCUUCAAUUAGUUUACACGCCAAAAGAAGACAGAGAACAUCGUAGCGCCGAAGAUGGAACUUUAGACGUUGCUGAAUGGGGAACUUUUCUCCACACUAAAAAUCGUAUUUAUAAAGAUUUCAAUGACAUACGCAGGGAAAUUGAUGCUGAAACCGAUCGCAUGGCAGGUGACAAUAAAGGCAUUUGUCCCGAACCUAUAAAUCUCAAAAUAUAUUCUGCCUCUGUUGUCAACUUGACACUCAUCGAUCUUCCUGGUAUCACCAAAGUCCCUGUGGGCGAUCAACCCGAGGACAUUGAACAACAAAUUCGACAAUUGGUCCUCAAAUAUAUUUGUAAUCCUAAUUCUAUCAUACUGGCUGUUGUCACUGCUAACACCGACAUGGCCUGCAGCGAAAGCUUAAAAUUGAGCAAAGACGUUGAUCCCGAUGGUAGACGCACUCUUGCUGUAGUAACUAAACUUGAUCUCAUGGAUGCAGGAACCGAUGCAAUCGAUAUUCUAUGCGGACGUGUAAUACCCGUAAAACUUGGUAUUAUCGGAGUAGUGAAUCGUUCUCAACAAGAUAUAAUGAACAAUAAGACAAUACAGGACGCGUUAAAGGACGAGGCAGCAUUUCUUCAACGAAAAUAUCCUACGCUUGCCAACAGAAAUGGGACUCCCUAUCUUGCUAAAACUCUCAAUCGUCUGCUUAUGCAUCAUAUUCGAGAUUGCCUUCCAGACCUUAAGACUCGCGUGAAUGUAAUGGUCUCGCAAUUUCAAACCCUGUUGAGUUCUUACGGAGACGAUGUCUCGGAUAAGAGCCAAACGUUGUUGCAAAUAAUAACGAAAUUUGCGAGCAGCUAUUGCUCAACGAUCGAAGGCACAGCAAGGAACAUCGAGACAACAGAAUUAUGUGGUGGCGCAAGAAUAUGUUACAUAUUCCACGAGACAUUUGGAAGAACUUUGGAUUCGAUACAUCCGUUGGCAGGACUGACGAAAAUGGACAUUCUCACGGCGAUAAGAAACGCAACGGGUCCGAGACCCGCCCUUUUCGUACCAGAGGUUUCCUUCGAAUUGCUUGUUAAACGUCAGAUCCGUCGUCUCGAAGAACCUUCAUUACGUUGCGUCGAGCUCGUUCACGAGGAAAUGCAACGUAUUAUACAACAUUGCGGCACCGAAGUGCAACAAGAAAUGUUGCGAUUUCCAAAACUUCACGAACGGAUCGUCGACACCGUAACACAUCUUUUGCGACGUCGCUUACCAACGACCAAUGCAAUGGUUGAAAAUCUCGUUGCCAUUGAAUUGGCGUACAUAAAUACUAAACAUCCCGAUUUUCACAAAGACGCUGCUCUCGUAUCAUCGUUGCUAAAAUGCGCUGAAAACGAGUUGCCGAAACAUCAAAGUCGACGUCACAUGGUAAAUGCCAAUGGGCCUUUGCCCGGACAAAGUUCUGGACAAAAUGAUAAUAAUGCAAAACAGACAAACGGUCGUGACGAAAUUAUUUCUGAUGAAAAAAAAGAACAGCAACAAUUGCAGCAGCAAGUACAACAGAACCAUUGGCUCCUGAGCAAUCUUUUGCCGCAAGGACGUUCCGAGAGCGUCAAUACCGCCGACAAUUCACCUGUAAGGAAUCGUGAUGGUGCGGUUUCGCCUUAUCCAGGAGGAAACAGCAUACCCGUCGACAUGUUGCAAAAAGGCUCGCCGCAGCAAAAACCCGUUAAUCUUUUGCCCGAGGUACCGAUGCAGACGUCACGAAAGUUGAGCGAACGAGAACAACGCGAUUGCGACGUUAUUGAGCGACUGAUCAAAUCUUACUUCUACAUCGUUCGUAAAUCAAUCCAGGACAGCGUGCCUAAAGCAGUUAUGCAUUUUCUUGUUAAUUUUGUUAAGGAUAAUUUGCAGAGCGAGCUUGUUACUCAUCUGUACAAAUCCGAUCAUGCCGAAGCUUUGCUCAAUGAAAGCGAGCACAUUGCCGUUAGACGUAAAGAAGCUGGUGAUAUGCUCAAAGCAUUGACGCAAGCUGGUCAUAUAAUCAGUGAAAUUCGAGAAACGCACAUGUGGUGAACGCAGCAACGAUCACGAGGAAGCUCACAAUCGGAGGCUAGUCAAAGGCUAGAUAUAAAUUGAAAAUUUUUCCCCAUCCCAAUCAAUGCACCACCCGUUACAAAUACUUUUUAUUCGUUUUCAUUCUUUUUUAACGAUUGAACGGGCACGUCAUUUGAUUCACGUACAUCGGACCAGUGUACAUAAUCUUAUGCUUUAUCAUUUUAUUUUUCUCUUGUAUAUUUUUUUUUUCCAUGCGCCAACCUACACGAUGAGAAAAAUAAUAUUAAAGCAUUGAUGUUUCGGAAUGAA